CAGCCAUUCAGUUGCCCCCACCACUCCGAAGGCUCUCAGAAUACUUUGGUAGAAUCCGGUGACGGAUAGAAGGCAUCCCAACACCGUAUGAGAGUCAAGUGAAGGGCUGGAAGUGAACUACAUCGACGGGACGACUUGGUCAAUCAGCACUCGAGCUUUGGCCGAGGCGUAUAACACUACGUCAUCUCAACAUCCCAGGAACGCUUCCAGUCUCUCAAGCUUCCUUUCCGUUCACCAUGAACGUCCUGCAUGCGAUCGGCAAGACAUUCAGCUUCAGGGCGCUACCAACGACAGCUGCAGUCGUCGCUCUUUACGCGGGACUGCUUGGUGCAGUAUUCUACGGUGAUCAGCUCGCGACUGUACCGUCUCAUCAGGGAGGUCUGAACCUGACCACGGCGUAUGCGGAUCUGCACGAAAUUGCCGCGCGUCCUCAUCCUUUCCUCUCUCAUGCCAACGACAUCGUCCACGACUUCAUACUCGACAGAGUGCAGAGUAUCACCGAGGGCGCCGACUAUGCCGAGGUCUUUGACGACGUGCUGUCGAAUGGGUCGUUCAUGUCUGUCUGGGGCGCACAUGCGGUGUAUAACGAGGCGACGAACGUUCUCGUAAAAAUUGAAGGGACUGAUCCGGAGUACUCGUCCAGCGGCGGCGUAUUGCUCAGCGCACACUACGACUCUGUGUCCUCAGCUGCGGGUGCGACCGAUGACGGUAUGGGUGUCGCGACUCUCAUCCAGCUGGUGGACUACUUCACCAAGCACCGACCACGGCGCACGGUCGUCUUCAACAUCAACAACGGCGAAGAGGACGGCCUGCUCGGGGCGAUGUCCUUCUUGAAGCACCCAUGGUCCAAUCUGACGGACGUGUUCCUGAAUCUCGAGGGCGCUGCUUCUGGCGGGCGCCCGUUGCUCUUCCGUGCCUCCGGCGGCCCAGUCCUGCGCGCCUUCCACCCUUCCCAUCCGCAUGCCAACAUUCUCUCUUCCGACGGCUUCGCGCGGGGGGCCAUCAGCUCCGGAACCGACUUCACGGUCUACACCGCCGUGGGGAUCAGCGGCCUCGAUCUGGCGUUCUAUCGCGGCAGGAGCAAGUACCACACCAAAUUCGAUUCGAUUCCGUAUACUGUGGGGCUGGAACGUGCGCUGUGGGCUAUGAUGGAUUCUGCCCGGUCCACGGCCGUGGCACUGGCGAAUGACGACAGGACGCAUGGUCCCGAUGGAGGCAGGAUGCCAGUUUACUUGGAUUUGUUCGGAAAAUGGAUGGUGCUCGUCAGCAUGAACACCGUUUUCGCAAUUGAUAUCGUCCUCCUCGUCGUCGGCCCGCUCUUCCUCCUGCUCCUGUUUGUCCUCGAAACCGCAGUGCUGCAUGAACGGACGUCCACCCAAAAUGGAGCGCCGCCUCAGCACGCAUUCUUGGAGCGUGCUCGAGCAUCGCUCGUCAAUUUUACUUGGACUAAACCUGCUUGGCAGCUGGCCAAGUUUUGGGUUGCAGUAGCUGUGACUAUUCUUUCGCAGGCGCUGCUCGUGUUCGCGUUCUUGAAAAUCAAUCCGUUUACUGUAUAUUCGCGGCCGGGGCUGGUCGUGGUCUCCAGCGCCACCUUGGCCUAUCUCACACUUUUCUAUGUCCUCACUCCUGGAACUCAUUCCCUGCCCGAGCGUCAGAAGCACGAUAUAUUCGUCCAGCUCUACGUUUUCUCGUGGUUGCUUCUUGUUCUGGCGACCGCAGCCCUAAACUCGGGGAUCGGCGGAUUGUACUUUGUCACCGCAUGGAACGCCGUCGUUCUGCUCGCAUGUGCGAUUGGCUAUGUGGAGAACAUGCUCCAGGUUUCUGGCUCUACAGGUUAUGUCGCACUGCCCCAGGAUGAAGUUACCGCCACUGAAUCUUCCGAGACGACGCCUCUGAUUGCUCGGCCAGUGUCAGCCAAGGAAGUGCCUGGCGCAGCGGGCUGGUGGAUGGCACAGCUCGUUCUCACGGUAUCGGUGCCUGUGGCUCUCGUAUCUCAGAUGGGUUUGAUCGUCAUCACCGCUCUCUCGCAGACUCUGGCGGAUGGAAGUUCGGUGAUAACGGUGUACAUCGUGGUCUGUGCUAUCACGUUCUUUGUCGUACUUCCCGUCGCGCCAUUCACGGUCAAAAUGCAUCCCCGCGUUGGCAUCGUGUGCCUGGGGGUACUCAUCGUCACGGCGGCCACGAGUCUGCUGAUGUUUCCUUUCUCGAUGGACGAGCCAUUCAAGAUGUACUACACCCAGAGUGUUUCCCUGGGCGACAUCUCAUCGCCGGCCGAUUUCAUCAAUGCGACCAGUUUCCUGAUCGGUCUUCCCUCCUUUAUCGAACAGGGUGUCAUCCCUUCUCUGCCCUCGGCCUCGAAGAGCGCUGUCCAAUGCGUCGUCGACCCUUCGGGACGACAGGCCCUGAAAACCUGCUCGUGGGACACAGGGCUGAUCCCGACCCCUGCCAACGUCACCAGUCGCGCCCCCACGAACUGGCUCAAAGCGAGCGUGGAGAAACUCAGCUCGAACUCUGCACGCUUUGUUCUGGAGCCUGUCAACACGAGACAGUGCGUGUUUAACUUCAGCCAGCCGAUUCAGUAUCACCACGUGCACGGCUCAGACCGUGAUUUCCUCCGGCCAUUCACGCCCCCGCCCGAGGGCUAUCGCCGGCUGCAGCUCUGGACCCGCACGUGGGGCAAAAAAUCAACGGUUGACGUCCAUUGGGAUGGUGACGCCGGCCUCAGCGGCCAGAUUGCGUGCUCCUGGGCGGAAUAUGAAAGCGGCAGUGUCAGUGUCGACCGCAGCAUCGGCAAGAUCCCCGGCUGGGAAGAGAUCUUGCAGUUCUCGCCUCGCUGGGCGGCAGCCAUGACCGCCGGGCCGCCCGUCCAAGCCAUAACCACUUUUUCCUUGUAGUGUGAUCAAUUAACCAGCGUACUUGCUUGUGAUCUGAUAAUAAAAACACGCCUCGUCACAAGUGACGUGUCGCGUCCGUGACACGCUCCAAAAUGAGCUCGUCUUCUUCGUCGACGAUCGAAACGACCACUUACUCCAUCAACAAGUACAGCAGGUCGUACUAUCCCAAACCCUCGACCGCGACCUCGGAAUGGCAGCAUUUCACGAAUCCGGUUUUGCGGCUGCACCUCGAUAUCACCCGCCAGUCUGCGUCGGACAAGACGCUCCGGUCGCUGAGGCUGAGAGUUGUCUGGACGAUGACGGCGGCGAAGAGCGAACAGGACAUCGUGCUCGAGGAUCUUGAGUUGCUCGAGUUUUCUUCGCUCGACACCGGGGGCGACAGCCCGUCUCUGAAAGGCGUCCAUCGAGACCUUACGUUUGGAUUCCGGUAUAUGUACGUCCCGGAAUCAGUCGGGCCGCACAAGGCGUUCCGCCGCUUCCAGGUCUCGUUCCUGACAUCUGCAGCACUGACCCAGUUCGCGUCGAUCAUGCAGAACAUCUGCCCCAUCACGGACCAGUCGACGAAAUCGGCUCUGCCCUCUGCGCCCUCCGUCCUCUCGCGGACCUUGACGCAAUCGGUCGUCCUACCUCCACCAAGAGAGCAGGAGCAGCACAACGAGAACCAGAUAGCAGAGCCUCGGCCCUGCGGCGCGAUGCUCACACAAGGCGUCUCGCGCACACACCCCGUCCCGCCGUCCUCGUCUCCCACGCUCCCCGGAUCCUCCCAGCUGCCGCCGCCGAGUCGCCCGUCCGUUGACCCGUCGCCCGCCGCCUCGCAGGCGACCGGGCUCACCAAGUCGUCGUCCCUGCCGGAUUCGACCCCGCCUUCCAGCAUGGGCAUGGGCAUGGGCCCGCCCCCUCUGCCGGCGUCCUCGUCAAGCAUGACGUCGGCGCACGCGGAGAGCCAGACGGCGGCAGCGGCGGGGGAUGUGGUGGGUAUGCUGCGCGACGCGACGGGGUUGUACGACCUGCCGAGGGACGCGCUGGAGCGGCUGGUUGGGGACGUCAUCCGGGAGGACGGGUUCGCGCGCCUGCUCGAUAGGAUGUCGGCGAUGUGGAGUGCCAAGGCGGCUGUGGCCGACUGACGGUAUCGGAGGGCAUUUGUGUUGAGGGCGGAGGAGAUGCGCUUUGCUUGACGAGCGAGUGGGGUAGACAGUUCUUGUGAGGGGAGACUAAUCAGACGAGAUUGUGG